CCAGCUUGUCUUUUAUCUUCCAUUCUCUCUAUGUUUUGAGUUUUUGACCCCAUAUGUUCCUGUCAAACAGAAUGGUAAGGGUCAAGGCCUGCCCUUAAAAACUGUCAAUCCUUCUGGGGCAAAAAGUGGCCACUAGUAAUGAGUGGUUUCUGUAGCUCUUGGCAUGACAGUUUUGUUGGAAUUCUACUCACUGGGGACUUUUUUAUUCACAAGGAUGCUUUACUUUGAGAGGUCUAUAAACCUGAUAACGUGAUAAUGAUAAUGGAUUGAGUCCAUAUAAGCUUUGUGAGCAAGUUCCUGGAUUCUGGGUUCCUUCUCUUUUCAUUUGGAAGGCAACAAUGGUUUGAAUUAUCAGUUAUGGGGAUAAGGAGGAAUGGAUUUUGGCGUGUCCUUGAAUUGGGUUGUUGCUAUAGAAAAUUGGAGUAGGAGGAUUUUGUUAUCAAUAAUUCCUUCAUGAUAGUCAGGUUAGGACUCUUGGUUGCUGCUUCAAUUGCAGCCUACACAGUUAGGCAGCUCAAUGUCAAACCCUCAAAGUCAUCGGCUCCUGUAGCCCGACCUUCAGAAAAUGGUGAACUGUACUCUGAACACCCAGAAGGGGAGAAUAAGGAGCGGCUUACACAUUCUCAUGAUAGCCUCAAAGAGAAGGUUGAAGGGAAGGAUGAAGAGGAGGAGGAACAGGUUAAAUUGAUUAGCAGCAUAUUUAAUCAUGCUGAUAGUAGCCAAACUAAUGAUGGUGAUGAAGAUAUUUUACCUGAGUUUGAAGACCUUCUCUCUGGGGAGAUUGAAUAUUACCAGGGGAUGCCAAACAAUGCAAGUGAAUUGGAAAAGUUACGCCAUUUAGUAAAGGAAUUGGAGGAAAGAGAAGUGAAACUUGAGGGUGAAUUGCUUGAGUACUAUGGCCUGAAGGAGCAAGAAUUAGACAUUGUUGAAUUACAAAGGCAGCUCAAGAUCAAGACUGUUGAAAUUAACAUGUUGAAUAUUACCAUCAACUCUUUGCAGACUGAGAGGAAGAAGCUUCAAGAAGAGAUUGCACAGGGAGCUUCUGUGAAGAAGGAGCUGGAGGUUGCAAGGAACAAAAUCAAGGAGCUACAACGGCAAAUUCAGCUGGAUUCUAAUCAGACCAAAGCACAGUUAUUGUUUCUGAAACAACAAGUUUCUGGUUUACAGGCAAAAGAGGAAGAAGCCAUCAAGAAAGAUGCUGAGGUUGAGAAGAAGCUGAAAGCUGUGAAAGAGUUAGAGGUGGAAGUUAUGGAACUUAGGAGGAAGAACAAAGAGCUUCAACAUGAAAAGAGGGAGUUAACUGUUAAACUGGAUGCUGCUCACAAGAAAAUAUCAGCUCUCUUCAACAUGACCGAGAGUGAAAUGGUCGCAAAGGCAAGAGAAGAGGUCAGUAAUUUAAGACAUACAAAUGAAGAUCUGUUAAAGCAAGUGGAAGGACUCCAGAUGAACAGAUUCAGUGAAGUUGAAGAGCUAGUUUACCUUCGUUGGGUCAAUGCAUGCUUAAGGUAUGAGCUCAGGAACUACCAGGCACCCCCAGGUAAAAUGUCUGCCCGUGACCUCAGUAAGAGUCUGAGCCCCAAGUCUCAAGAGAAGGCUAAACGGUUAAUGUUAGACUAUGCUGGAUCAGAACGUGGGCAAGGAGAAACAGAUAUUGAAAGCAACUUUUCUCACCCAUCGUCUCCUGGUAGUGAGGAUUUGGACAUUGCUUCUAUUGAUAGUUCCAAUAGUAGACCCAGCAGUCUCAGUAAGAAACCUAGCUUAAUCCAAAAGCUGAAGAAAUGGGGCAAAAGCAAAGAUGAUUUAAGUGUUUUUUCAUCACCAGCCAGAUCUCUUUCUGGAAGCUCUCCAAGCAAGAUGAGCAUGAGCAACCGACCAAGGGGUCCAUUAGAAGCUCUGAUGCUGAGGAAUGCAGGUGAUGGUGUUGCAAUCACAACAUUUGGUACAAUGCAGGAACCUACUGAAUCCCCUGAAGCUCCAACGCUUCCAAACAUUAGAACGCAAGUUUUGGGUGAGUCACUGGAUUCUGUUGCAGCAUCAUUCCAUGUGAUGUCUAAAUCGGUUGAAGGAGUUCUAGAUGAAAAGUAUCCAGCAUACAAGGACCGGCAUAAAUUGGCCUUAGAGAGGGAGAAGCAAAUUAAGCAAAAAGCUGACAAGGCAAGGGCAGAGAGAUUUGGUGACAGGUCAAAUUGGAACUCAAACUUUGACUCUAGAGCAAGGGCAGGUGCAGAAAGGCCUGUUACAUUACCACCAAAACUUGCUCAAGUGAGGGAGAGGACAGUUAUCUCUGGUGACUCAGAUGGACAAGCUAAUGAUGGUAAGGCUCCUGAUUCUCCAACUAUAAGCAAGAUGAAACUUGCAGACAUUGAAAAGAGGCCUCCUCGGGUGCCUAGACCACCUCCCAAACCAUCUAGUGGCAAUCCUUCUGUUACAAAUACCAGUACUUCAAGUGGGCUACCUCCUGCUCCACCUCCACCACCACCUGGUGGACCACCUCCUCCACCCCCUCCUCCAGGAAGCCUACCGAGAGCGGCAGGCAGUGGUGACAAAGUCCACAGAGCUCCUGAACUUGUUGAAUUUUAUCAGACUUUGAUGAAACGAGAGGCAAAGAAGGAUACAUCAUCUUUGCUUUCUUCAACAUCUAAUGUAUCAGAUGCAAGGAGCAACAUGAUCGGAGAGAUUGAGAACAGAUCUUCAUUCCUCUUAGCUGUAAAAGCUGAUGUGGAAACUCAAGGGGACUUUGUCCAGUCAUUGGCAACUGAAGUCCGAGCAGCUUCCUUUGCCAACAUAGAGGAUCUGGUGACCUUUGUAAAUUGGCUAGAUGAGGAACUCUCCUUCUUGGUUGAUGAACGGGCAGUUCUUAAACAUUUUGAUUGGCCUGAAGGAAAGGCUGAUGCAUUAAGAGAGGCAGCUUUUGAAUACCAGGACCUGGUGAAAUUGGAGAAGCAAGUCACUUCGUUUGUUGAUGAUCCCAAACUUCCAUGUGAAGCUGCCCUAAAGAAGAUGUACAAGUUGCUUGAAAAAGUGGAACAAAGUGUGUAUGCACUCUUACGUACAAGGGACAUGGCUAUUUCACGAUACAGAGAAUUUGGAAUUCCAGUUGAUUGGUUGUUAGAUUCAGGAGUAGUUGGCAAGAUCAAGCUUUCGGCUGUACAAUUGGCAAGGAAGUACAUGAAACGUGUAGCAUCAGAACUUGAUGCAUUGAGUGGCUCAGAUAAGGAACCAAACAGAGAGUUUUUGCUUCUGCAAGGUGUCCGUUUUGCCUUCCGCGUUCACCAGUUUGUGGGUGGCUUUGAUGCAGAGAGUAUGAAGGCUUUUGAAGAACUUCGAAGCCGUGUCCACACACAGAUGGGAAGAGAGAAUAAACAGGAAGCAUAAACCUUCUGCACACUUGAUCAAUAUCCUUCAUUUUUUUCUGAAAAAAAAUGGAGAAUAAUCAUUGAUGAACCAUAUGAGACCCUGUUGCGUGGCUUGUGUGGUUACUAUAUAGAUGUUCCACCCACACCAUUGGGUUCAAACCCCCUUAUACCCAUU